UGGUAGAACUCCGAUUGUUACCGGGAAGCAACAAUACGAGCAAUAUUUAUGCUUGUUUACCUAUGUUUUUUGUCGGCAAAGGAAAUGAGCUGUCACGAAAAACCACUCGAUGGAGACGUAUAGGGAUGGCAAUAUAUAUCCAAAUCCAAACCCCAUUUCAAAAACACAACAUCGAAUCAAAAUAUCAGAAACACGAUGUCACUCUUAAGCAUCCUCGUACUGGUAGUAGUUCUAUCCUUCGCCGGAGCAGCAUUCUCCGAACUAUGCAACCCACAAGACAAGGAAGCCUUACUCCAAAUCAAGAAAGAGCUUGGAAACCCAACCACGCUCUCCUCUUGGCUUCCAACCACCGAUUGCUGCAACAAAACAUGGCAAGGUGUCUCAUGCGACACCGACACUCAAACAUACCGCGUCAACGACCUUGAUCUCUCCAACCUUAACCUCCCCAAACCCUACUCUAUUCCCUCCUCCAUUGGAAACCUUCCCUACUUGAAUUUCCUUACCAUUCGCAGCAACCCCAACAUCGUCGGCGCAAUUCCUCCGGCCAUCGCCAAUCUCACCAAACUCCGUUAUCUCUAUAUUUCCCAGACCAACAUCUCCGGCCAGAUACCCGAUUUCUUUUCACAAAUCAAAACCCUCGUCACCCUCGACUUCUCCUACAACGCCCUCACCGGUUCCCUCCCUGCCUCCCUCUCUUCGCUGCCCAAUCUCGUCGGAAUCACCUUCGACGGCAACCAGAUCUCCGGCGCCAUCCCCGACUCGUACGGCUCGUUCUCGAGUCUGUUCACGUCGAUGACGCUCUCCCGCAACCGCCUCAGCGGGAAGAUUCCGGCGACGCUGGCGAAGCUGAACCUGGCGUUCGUGGACUUGUCUGGGAACACGCUGGAGGGUGACGCGUCGGUGUUGUUUGGGUCGAGUAAGAACACGCAGAAGAUAAUUCUGGCGAAGAAUUUGUUUGCUUUUGAUUUGGGGAAGGUGGGGUUGUCGGGGAACUUGAACGGGUUGGAUGUUCGGAACAACCUUAUCUAUGGGACGCUGCCUAAUGGGCUCACGGCGCUUAAGUAUCUGAAGACAUUUAAUGUGAGCUACAAUGCUCUCUGCGGUGAGAUUCCACAGGGUGGCAAGCUGCAAAGAUUUGAUGCGUCUUCCUACGCUCAUAACAAGUGCUUGUGUGGCUCUCCUCUUCCCGCUUGCACUUAAGUGCUUUGCAGUUUCGCUUUCAUUAAUAAGGAUGAAUAAUGUGUGUGUCUUUCAACUCACACGUGGUUUUAUAUGUUCCAGUUGGUCCAUAUCUGCGUUGUGUUUGUGUUUUAAUGCCAAUAACAACGCUUAAUUUAAAAAAAUAAGUUUAAAUAUGUUUUUUUUCUUCUAA